UCCUGUGGGUCACUGCAGCCAGCAGCAAGAGCAACUCUUCUUCCAGCAAGUCGGUGACAGUAUUUUUAUUACAUUUUUUACUUGUUAAAAUGAUGAUUUUGUUGUGAGAAAGCAAGUUAAGUGUGUGUGCUCGAGGCUGAGUCGUUAAAGUGUAGUGUUUAGUUGGAAAGUAGCAGACCUGUGCUAACAUUAGCCAAACUACAGAAAUGGAAGCCAACUGACAUUUAAAGCAGCACCAUAACGGUGGGGUUUCCGUAUUUCUGCGUUCAUAUUUGGAUAUUUUUUCAUCUCUACUCAUUUCUCAACUUCCUCUUGCAAAAAGCGUUGGGUUUUAUGAACAAAUUGAGUGUUUCGACCGUGCUUAGUCCCACUUCAGUCGGAGCUAGCCUAAUUAGCUAGCUAGCUAACAGCUAACGUACAGUAGCAACAGUCUCCAAGGCAACAAUGAACAUUCUACCGAAGAAGAGCUGGCACGUGCGCAACAAAGAUAACGUCGCUCGCGUGCGGAGGGACGAAGCCCAAGCCGCAGAGGAGGAGCGCGAGGCCAAACGUCGCGUGGAGCGUGCAGAGCAAGAGGCUCGUACAGAAUAUCUGAGAAGGAAAGCUCGAGCUGCUCUUUCUUCAGCAGGAGAGAGGAAGCACGAUGAGGAUGAUGGUGAACAGAGUGGAGCUCUGGAGCAUCUCAAUCUUUUUCCCCUGGAGGACUCCUCAGAGAAGAAGGGGAACGAGGAAUAUCUCAAAGAAAAGAGGGAUGAAAAGGAGAAGCAGGAACGAGCCAUCGGCUUGCUGGUGUCUCUCGGACCUCAACCAGGGUCUGAAGUCACUCCGUGGUACAUGAAGACCGGCAAAGAUAAAGAAGAGAGGAAGGAAAAAGAGGAGAGGAGAGAAAAAGAAAAGAGGAAGGGAAUCAGUGAAGAGGAGAGAGAGAAGAAAGAUCGCAGAUUGAAAGAUAGUUUAGACCCGUUGAAGGAUAUGAAGAAAGCGCUGGCUAUAAAGGACCGAAAACACCACAGCAGCAAGAAAAAGGAAAAAAGAGACAAAGGGAUGAAGAUAAGCAGCGGAGAGAGCUCCAUAGAAAGGUUACGCGCUGAGCGCCUGCAGAGGGAGGCUGAAGAAAGGAGGCGAGCCCAGGCCCUGCUCGACCAGAGGAACGGCAAAGGGAAGGAGGCGGGGAAGGAGGUGAAUGAGAGGGAGAGGCCGUACAACAGUGCGUACUUUCCUGAACUUGCUCGAAAGCGCCAAAGACGGGAUCGAGAGAGCUGGAGAGAUGAAAUACUAAAAUCAUGAACCGUCUUUAUUGGUGUUAGUGGAUAAACAUUGUGACCAGAGUCAGAUAAAGCAAAUGGAAAAAGAGGAAAGACGGUAACGUGGAAAGUGUGUCAGAGCGGCUUCAGAGCCACAUAAAGAACAUAUUAGUAACCUGGUCGUGGUCGGUUCGUUAAUAAAGCUGCAGCUUGUCGGCCACUUUCUAUUUAAUUUGUUCACCCACAGAGUCAGAGGUCAGAUUCGGCCAUAGUUACCAUUAAACCCCGCAGUGGUUCGCUCAUGAUCACGUCAGCAGGGCAGAUGGUUGUCAUCACAGGGGGCUUCAAGGUCGAGCUCUCAGCAAAGAAAACAUGCUGUGAACAACUGUUCGAAUCAUUCAUAUAUUACCGAAAAAAUUCAAAAAUAUUGUAUGAUGGUAGAAAAAUUAACAACAGUCUUUCAGUGGCGAAAUGAUGAAAAUGCAGCCUAACAGUUCGAGUAGCUGAAUCAAUAAGUUGAUGGAAAAUUGAUUAUUUUAAAGCUUAAUUGCAAACCAGAGUCCGUUUCCACAUUUUAUUUUUGAAACAGAUUUUUUUUUUUGUAGUUUCGGAUCGAUCAAAUAAUUUGAAGAUGUCAACUUGUGCUCUAGGAAAUUCUAACAAACAUUUUCACUGUUUUGUGACAUUGUAUUGACAAAAUAUUUUAUCUACUUAUUUUGAAAAUAUUCAGCUGAUCAGUCAAUAAUUUACAAAAACUUAAUUUGCAGCUCUACGUGAGAUCAUACAGUACAUGCCAGCUGUAAGUGCUGUGGAUAAAAAAGACUGUUUAAGGUUUAUUUAUAUUUUUCUGGAAGUAAAAAAGUCCCCGAAUCCUUAUUUCAUGUGCUGUUGUCUGAUCUUUGUAAACUGAACAUUUUUGCAUUUAAUUUAACAUUUGACAUGUCAAAGCAGGAAAAGGUUACAGGUGCACAUAAUAAAAUUAAUGUGCGUCUAAUGCCAUUAUGCUGCAAUUUUAGGGUCCUGACAUUGUGCAUGCUGGCUCACUGUCAUGAUUCAAAGGGACACUCAAAAAAGAGAGAAACCAUAAUAAUGUUAAUGGUAACACCUGUGUAUUUUAUUUUUACUCUGACAAGUCAAAAGGUCUGCUGUUAAAAAAAGGCAUACGCCAUAUCCCGCCAUCAGUGAGCAGCAAAAAGACUGACACAGCUUUUUUCAUUAAAAUUAUUUUACAAAUACACGUAAAAA